CGAAGUUGUAACGUAUAAACGCUUUUUCGGGACUGAUUAAAUUAGUAAUUUAUGUUGUCCGGUGAAAAAUGGAGAAAUCACAAGAAGUGACGAAGCAUGUAUUGCAAUAUAUACGUAUAUGUCUCGCUGUCUGCGGUUGUAUGAGGCCAGCUUCAUCGACGUCCUCUUCGAGGAGGAUAAUUUACGACGUUUACGCAAUCGUCGUGUGGCUGAUCGUGUACACCUUUACGCUCGUUCAGGUGUUAGAUUUGAUUAUUAACGUCGACAAUCAGGACGAUUUCAUCGACAAUUUCUACGUGACGCUGGCCGCGUGCAAUAUAUGCUUGAAAAUGUGCCACCUCUCGUUCACUCAGAGGAAUCUGAAUUUUUUGAUUAGCACACUGCAGAAGAAGCCCUUCGCUCCGACGAACGCCGAGGAAAUGGAAAUUCGAACGAGAUUCGACAAAGUGACCGAACGGAACGCGAUUACCUACACGACCGUAAUUGUUGGUUACUUUUUGUCGGUGCUCGUCUCGUCAUUUUCCUUAGACUUCAAAUACAAACGUUUAUUGUAUCGUGCCUGGCUACCGUACGACUACACCACUUGGUUAUCGUUUACAUUUACAUACCUUCAUCAAGUGGUGGGAUUGACGUACAUCUCGUUCGUCACCAUUUCUUGCGACAGUCUGUUCAGUGGUCUCCUAAUUCACAUUAACUGCCUGUUCGAGAUACUCGGCCAUCGUCUGAAAUCAAUCGAGAGGGAUGAGAUCGACUCGGCAAACCGAUGUGCUUAUGUUCAUGACCAAAUAUACAAAUUCGCUAGUAUGGUAAACAACCAGUUCAAGGUAAUCACGUUCAGUCAGUCGGUGGUAUGUAUGUGUACGUUGUGUCUUAGUCUUUAUGAAAUAACGCAAAACGACAUGGACUCGAAGAUGAUCGAAUUGCUAUUCUACACGUUCAACACGCUCGUCCAAAUACUUUACUACUGCUGGUACGGAAACGAAGUCAAACUGAAGAGUCUCCAAGUUCCUGACAUGGUAUUCGAAAGUAACUGGAAUUCUUUGGAUAUCAAGACUAGAAAGAUUCUCUUGGUGAUAAUGAUGCGUGCUACGGUGCCCAUCGAGUUCUCUAGCUUUCACAUCGUGACCAUGAAUAUCAACACUUUCAUGACGUUGACGAUGCGUAUACUGCGAUGGACGCUCACUAUUCUAACAGCGUGUGGUUGUUUGCGACCGCGAUCUUGGACAUCGUCGCUGAAAAAGUUCUUGUACAAUGUUUACACAGCUAUGGUAAUCCUUCUGAUAUACACCGUCCUGGGUUCUCAAGUUCUGGACAUAUUCUUCAACGUUGAGAACCAGGAUGAGUUCAGUGAGAAUUUCUACACGACCCUGGCGGUACUUAUCGGCUGCUGCAAGAUGUCCAGCUUUUUGCUGAUUCGAAGUAACGUCGCGAUUUUGAUCGACACCCUCCAAAAGGAGCCUUUAAUGCCACAGAACGACGAGGAAUUCGAUGUUCGCGCAAGAUUUGAAAAACUGAACGAGUGGAAUGCAAUUGCUUACACGAUUAUGGUCGAAUCCUGUGUGUUGUUCGGCUGGACAACGUCGCUCUUCAGAGAUCUGAAACGGAGAAAAUUGGCAUACAGGGCGUGGAUACCUUACGAUUAUGCUUCAUCGUUUCCCUCGUUUACUGUUACUUACAUGCAUCAGUGUGUAGGUAUGAUUAUCUGCUCGCUUCUGAACGUUGCCUACGACACUCUGAUCAGCGGUCUGUUGAUCCACACUUACUGCCAGUUAGAUAUAUUUGGACAUCGUCUGAAAAGUAUCAUUAAAGAUGAAAACUACAGGGCUAAGCAGUGUGCUCGACUUCUUAAUCACAUAUACAGUUUCGCCAAAAUGGUUAAUAAAGCAUUCAGGAUAAUUAUGUGUACUCAGUUUCUGGCAAGCACCUCGGUCAUGUGCUUCAACCUCUACCAAUUAACGCAAAGACAAUUAGUAGGCGCGAGACUGAUCGAAACAAUGUUCUACGCGUUCUGUAUGCUUAUGCAAAUACUGCACUAUUGUUGGUACGGGAACGAAGUCAAAGAGAAGAGCCUCGAGAUUCCUAACAUGAUAAUCGAAAGUAACUGGACGUCUUUGGAUAACAAUGCUAAAAUGACUCUCCUGAUGAUCAUGAAACGCGCGACGGUGCCCAUCGAAUUCACUAGCAUUCACGUUGUGUCGAUGAACCUCGAGUCUUUUACGGCCCUGCUCAAGACGUCUUACUCGGCGUACAAUUUGCUUCAACAAAGUAUCGGAUAACAUCGUCGUCAUUAUCGAACGGUCUCUCAGUGCUGCUGUAUAAAAUAAUUAACCGAGAAUGGGAAGAAAUAUGUAGAGGAUAAUAUUAAGUAUGAAUUCUAGUAAAUUCUAUUCGACACUGUUAUUAGUAAUGCUGAAGAAUAACUUGCCUUCCCUAUAAGUAAUUGAUAUAAUUAUUACUAUAAUUUGUAACGAGCUUAUAUGCAUACAUACACGCACAGACAUGUAUUUGCAUACCAUACAUGAUUAUUUAUAUAUAUUCAUGUAUUUAUUCAUUUUAAUCGUAUUAUUUGUAGAAUUAAGAAAUGUACCAUUCAAAGUAUUCGCUGACACAAUAUAAUGGUUCCUGUUUUUCGGACAUCUACGUAAAAAUAUUAAUACAUAAAUUUACCAAUGUAAUAUUGACGUUCAAAAACAACAUUUAUGGAAGAAAGAAGAAUUGGAAAAAAUUGUAGUUCACCCUAAUAGUUAUUCACGGUGCAGCACGCAUAUCCUGCAAGAGCAAUCGUAGACUUAACGAACUCGUCAUUGUCGCGCAAACAAUAGUCGAUUGAAAUUUGCCUGUAUCUUUCUCAAUUCACCCCUACCAUGCUCGCUCUCUGACAAUAAAAAUAACAUAUCGUGGCAUUGAAACAUUCAUCUUCCAUUUUCCACGUAAAACGUUCGUAACGUUCGAUUACCUCGUUAGUAUUUUAUGCUUCAAGGUAUCGUCAUCAUGUUUUUUCACAUUUUCUUUCGCGAAAUAUAAAUAAGUAAAUAACGUCAAUGCGUCCUCUAUCAUUACGAUAAUCACGAAGUCAGUAAAAUCGAAGGGAGGUUGAUGAGACGGGAUUAACAUUUCCACGGGUGGAGAAGAAAUGUCGAUAUUCUAUAGACAUCAGUAGUACCCAACCUUUGAACAGUUAAGUCAUAGUCGUCGUGAUUAUGUGUUCUUUCAAUUCGUAUAUCUCCAAAAAAUUAUAAUUAGAUGAAGCAUUGAGGACGUAGAGCCUUCGUCAGUGUUAUCGCGUAAUCGUGUCUCGUGCAACAAAAUGUUACCUCUACUCUUCUGAGAAGAAGACGACCGUGAAAUUUACAAGUCGUCGCGAUCACUGUGAA